GGAUUAUUUUGUUCAACAUCAAAUAUCAAUUUAUAAUAAAUCUAAUAAUCAAGUUAUGAAUCUUGAAAUUCCUAUUAUUUAUGGUUUAAUUGAACAAAAAGGUGCUGGAAUUCAUUUAUGUGCAAUAUUGGAUUUUUUAAUUAAAUUACAUAAUGAAUUUUUGGAUAAUGUCAUAUCAAUCCCAUUUGAAAAGUGUAAAUGUCUAAAGUUUUUAGAAAAUAUUACUUGGAAUACUUUGGAGAGUAAAACUUAUUUUAUUAAAUCAAUUAAGAUGACUCAAGCUCAAGAUAUCAAUUUUAUUAAUUAUCAUUGGAAUGAUAAGAUUUUAAAAUAUAGUCAAAAAAAAUUAAAGAUAAAAGAAAUAAAUUUUAUAUUUGAUUUACAAAAAAUUGAGAUGAAACUUGCUAAAAAAUUAGUUCUUAACAAAGUUUAUUUUGAAAUGGAAGAAGAUCAGGUUUAUUUGAAGAAUUUUUUAUUUAAGAAUGAGCUAUUUCAUAAUUCUUUCAGAAUUUUGUCUGAUAUUAAAAAGUUAUUACCACAAGAACCAAUCCCAAUAGAGAAGCUAUCAUUAAUUUCAACAAUAAUUCAACCACAAAAUUCUUCUUCAAUGUCUAAUAUAUCAUUAAAUUCAUUAAAUUCAAAUAAUUUACCUGAAUUACUCUUUCUUUUUGAAGCAAUUUUUUAUUCUAUUAAAGAAUUAUCAGUUAAAAAUAACAAGUUAAUUAUUUUAGAUUUUGUUAAUCGAUGGUUAAAAUCAGCAAGAUAUAAUGUAGAAUUCAUAAGCAUACUUGGUGAAUUUUCUUUAAAAUAUAUUGUAGAACUUUAUGAAUUAAUUGAAGAACAAGUCGCAGAUUCAACAAUUAAUAAUAUUGACAAUAAAUUUAAAACUCCAUUGAUACAACAAACGAAGGAUUUAAUUAACAAUAUUAUAGAUUAUUAUCCAAAAAGUCAACAAGACAUACAACUUAUUCCUGCUAAAGCAUUUUCUCUUGCUUUAAAAAGAUUUAUUUAUAGAUUCUUGUUAAAUGAUUCUAUUAUGAAAAUAUUAAAUUCAAAUAAUUUAAGUAUAUAUUUUUUGGAUUUUACCUUAGAUUUAUGGCCAAGUGAUGUUAAUGAAGAAUUGAUUAAAAAAUUGUUUCCUACUUGUUUAUUGGUAUCUCAUGCUUAUGACACUUAUAACUUUAUCAUUAAUGAAAUUGAGGCUAUUAGGAAAUGCGAUAUUAUUGACGUUGAUCAAUAAUAUAUUAUUAAAAUGUUUUUGUUAAGUAGGAGAUAUCGGCGCGUUGGUCUAAUCGCUAAUGACAUAAUAUUAUUAUUAGAAUGAAAUUGUAUAAAAAAAAUUUAUGUAUAUUGUUUUCUCUUUUUUAUUUUCUUAAAUGAAUGAAUAAUUUGUAAAUUUUAUGUGUAAAUGAUCUGCAAA